AAAGACAGGAGGAGGUUUAAAAAAAAUAAGAGGGGAAAAAAAUCGAUGGGUAAUUCUUCUGGACGAAGGACGGGCGAGCGAUGGCAACUGGCGCGAUCGUCGCCCAGCCCAAGUCUCUCGGGGUAGUAGUGGUGCAACAGGGCAGAGUGGAUGUGUGUCAUCCCCUUCGCAACAUACAUCAGAUUAUUCAGAAUUUUUUUUAGAGGGAAACGAGAAACGAUUCAGUGACAUUUUGGAAUGAUGGUACAAUGAAAAUCGCCGAACGAAUGGCUGCGCUCGUGUGAGAGGUUGACAAAGAGGUUUACUACACAAUUUCAGUUGAUUACACGAAAGGCCAACUGAAGCAACAGGUUUUGGAGUAACAAGAGCCACGAAAAUCCACAACGAAGCUUUAGACCAAAGCCAAAUCUCCAACCAUCAACUGCUCUGACAAAGCACAAACAGCAGAGGAACAGACAGACGGAUUUACACAAAGGUCUACGUAUAGCAGCGUGAACUGGAACACCGAAGCCAAAGCCGUCAUCGAAAGAUUUCGAACACAGACAACAACCAAAACAAACGCCCUCCUUUUUUUUCCCUUUAGCUGGUGGUAUCCAGGUACCGGAAGAUAAGCCUCGCAUUUUUAAACAAUUUUUAAUUAAUUUUUUGCUCGCCAUAAGACCACAACCCUCAAUGAAAAUGGCCACGGACAAGAUUCAGAGAACGCUGGCCAUGAUCAAGCCAGACGCUAUGAACAGGGCGGCCGAGAUUGAGAAAGUUAUCCAGCAGGAGGGGUUUACAAUAGUGGAGCGUCGUCGGACGCGACUCUCCCGCCCGGAGGCCGAGGAAUUCUACGCUGAGCACCGAGGGAAGCCCUUCUACGAGUCCCUGGUGCAGUACAUGUCCUCCGGAGAGGUCCUGGCUUUCAUUCUGGCCGGAGACGACGCCAUCACCCACUGGCGCAGCGUCCUGGGGCCGACGAAGGUGUCGCAGGCCCGCCAGCAAGCCCCCGACUCCAUCCGGGCCAGAUUCGGGGACCCUAACAACGACUCCCACAACGCAGCCCACGGGUCCGAUUCCGUCACCUCAGCCCAGCGGGAGAUCAAGUUCUUCUUCCCUGACUUAACUCUGGAAGCCGGAUUGACCGGGGAGGGUGCCAAGGAAUACUUGAGUCAUGCCGUGUCGCCUACGCUCGUUCGUGCCCUCACCGAGUUGUGUAAGGUCAGGCCAGAUGACCCCAUCGUCUGGUUAGCAGACUGGUUGCUUGUCAACAACCCAAACAAACCAGCCCCUAGUCACUAAUAACCCAAAGGUUCAGUCCACCACUUGCCUGAAGUGGGAACUUCAACCAGGACCCUUUCAGAGUCAAGUCAAGUCUCGGCCCUGCACUACAAGCUGGACAAGUUUGAAAAACUAUAUUUUAGGAAGUUAGAAUCGGCCACAAAUCACCCGUAGUUGUUGUGAUACUGUAAGGUACAAAUGUCUUGCUCGUCUUGUAAUGUAAGGAAGGUAUUGAAACGCGAGAUUUUACAAUUAGGUUUACCGUCUUCAAAGACUUAACAGUUGUACAAGAGAUGUAGAAUUUGUUCAGGAUGAGCACAUAUGACACAUUUUAUUGAAUGCGAUUCUCCCCCCUUUAAAAUUAAUGCAGAUAGACUAGAGUUGAGUUGAGCUCUCCAAGAUUUUUACAGAUUCAAUCCGUGAAGCAUUACAGUUCCAAAUAGAGUGAAACAUAUUUACACUCCUAAACUUGGUCACAACCGUAUCUCAGUAUCAGUAUUGUUUAAACUUUACAGGUGAUAACAGAGUGAAGUUCCCGACAAAUCCACAACUUGGUCUUGACAAUAGUCCAGUAUCAGUUUCUUGAAUGAUUCCCCUUCCAAAUAGAGCGAAGUUUUAGAGAACUUCCUCCAACAGUUCCACAACUUGGUUGCCACAGUAUCCCAACUUCAAUAGUUUAAGCAUCAUUAUAGUUCCAAAAAGCUCCUAGACGAUUUCAUACUUAGGCCAUAACAGUACCCAUGCAUCAGAUUGGAACAGUACUACAGUUGUGUGCAGAUAGUGCAUAGGUGAGUUACCGCCUGUUGAUUCAACUGUUAGGCCUUAGACAUUAAGGAGCUUAGUUGACCUGAACUCCUAUAGACGAUUUCAUACUUAGGUCUUGACAGUAACCUUGUAGUUUCAAUCAUGAGCACUACAGUUGAGUCUAGAUAGCGCAUAGGUUACCGCCUUACGAUUUCACUUUUAGGCCUACUCACCAUCUGUGUAUUAACCCUCCAGUUUGAGAUAGAGUGGGGUUCAGUUGAGCUGAACUCCCAAUAUCCCCAACAACAAAAAGUCUUCAUGAAAGAUUUUACCCCUGACCUUAUUCCAGCUACGACGUUGUUACAUUUUGGUAAUGACUGUUUGUUCUUGAACAAACUCUGCAUCCGUUUAGUAUUGUCCAGUGCCCAAAUAUUGCAAGUAACAAACGUUGCUUCUAAGAAUGCUUUUUCUUUUAAAGAUAAGUUGUAUAUUUUGGUCUAACUGUUGUUUAUGAGUUGACAAACAUAACAGUAAUUAUCGGUGAAGAAAAAAUCUUUUGUCGAAUAACUACAAUGGACGUAAAGUUUAGCUACUGCGUAAUGUAACUAACUUGGCCUAAUGGAAAUCUUAUACAAUCAGUCACCCCACAUGUUAGAUCGGCUAACUUUUUUAACCUUUUUAACUCGUGAAGCAAUCAAACCCCUUUUAAUUAUAUUUUAUAUGUUCCCUUAGCUGCUUUCAAUCACUAGCUUCAAAACUGCUCUAUAAAAAAGUUUAUAGCGUCUAAGUAAACAUUCGACGAGUCUGCUUCAAGUUUCUUUGUCGUAUUUGUAAUCUGUUUUUCAGAUCACUAGCGGACUCCUGACAUGUUUUUUUUUAAUGUGUAUUUUUAGUUUCUGUGAGUUUUUAAUUUUUAAACAAUGCGCUGAAGAGCUCUUGAAAUAAUCUAUAGAUGGGGGCAAACUAUUACUUUCACCAGAAAGUGUGUAUAUCCCCCCUCCCCCCAUUACCGUCCGAUCCAUAGAGCUAUCUGAAAGCGGCGUUUUCCAUAGUCCGUUUAAAAGGUCAUAGUAUCGUUUCUUGCGGGAAAAAUCCAAUAAUCUGCACUUAUUUAAAAUCUUGUUCUGUUAGCAAUCGUUAGAGUUCGUCUCUUAAGAUUGAGAGUUAUAUAUAUUUACGAAGAGAUUUUUUCUGCACAAAAAAGCUACAUAAUACGAUUUCAUUUUUAAGAUUGUUGUUGUUCAACUGAUGUCUCCGCCGUCUGUUUGUAUACGUAAUAUAUUUGUAUACCCUAAAACUUAAGACAUGAAACAUGAUAGUUAGGUAGGAAUAUUUGUUGAAUUGCAGAUUUUAAGCCUAUACCAAACACCACAAGAUGUUAUUUUGAUUAUAUUUGAAUAUUGGUGUUAAAGAAACUCCCUGCCCCCCACCAAUAGGCAUAUGUAUGUUGGAGUCUUUUACACAUACCACGCCAUACAAGGUUAUGGAAUAAAAUUAUAUCGUAUGUGUCCUGGUAUACCACGGAAGUAAACACAAUUAGCAUUUAAGAUUGACCACUUAGAGUAAGAUGUCACAUUUAGAGUAGAAAAUUGCAUGUUUUUUUAGAUGUUUUUAUGUGAGAAUUCAACUCACGACCCGAAGUGCUGAAUUACCAUUGAUGACGUCAGUUCCUAGGUAUUGUGCAUUACGAGAACAGUCCCCGUUUACGUCUCUUAGGUGCUACGAGAACGCAUCCUGCUGCGAUCAAUUGAUUUCGUCCUUUUUCUACUUCAUCAUUGAUCAAAGAACAAUCCUUUGUAGCCUUAAUAGUGAUAAUAGUAAUAGUAAUAAUAACAACAGCAAGAGGUCUUGUUUUGUCUUUUGUUUAGAGAAUAUAUCCAAAAGUAUGAAAAUUUUAGAAGCCGUUGACCAUAAAGAUUCACUCCGUCCAAAGCUGUUCCAACGGAAACCGUUUCUAAUAAUAUUAAGGAUUAUUUUGUUCUCUAAUUAAUGUAAUAAUUCAAUUUUGAAGGCGACAGCAAAGACUGAAUGCUGAUCUUAGGCUAAUAUUUUAAAUUAGGCGACCGUACCGAUAUCAUGAAAUACUACUGGCGAUGUUAGGCAAUUUACAUAGGCCUUUGUGUAAGUAGACUUGCGUAUGAUCAAGAAAAGUACUUACGCAGAUAAACUGAUGUUUUAACGAAUCCAAAGUAGAUACGAUUUUUUUUUUUAUUGAAUUUUUGAAUAUUUAAUAGCUGAUCGGUAUGUAAUGUUUAGCAAAUGCUCUUGAUGUGUAUUAGAAUGGAAAUGAUCUAGUCUGAUAGUAAUCAUACUGUAGAACUAUCGUAGUUUCAGAUUUUUUUUUCGUGAUUGCACGAACUAUCGGUUGUCGAUUGAAUAGGCCUAUGGGUAGUAGAAAUGAGAGAGAGAGUCCAGAUUUCUCACCUAACUUGUAGUAAUCCUGACGCUCUCUCUCUCUCUCUCUCUCUCUCUCUCUCUCUCUCUCUCUCUCUCUCUCUCUCUCUCUCUCUCUCUCUCGUAGGCAUGUGCUAGCGUAAAGCCCCUUUUAAUCUAACAGUCUAUGCCCAAGAUGUGCGUGGCAUAUAGCCCUCUAAAGACUAUUGUAUAUUUUGAUUUUGAGCAGAUACUCGAUCGUAAUCAUUUGAAAUCGUAAGAUAAGUGUGUGCUUGAUUUAUUAAAGAAAUAACAUUGAUAAUUUAAGGUUAUAUAUGUGUUAUAUCAUUUAAGUACCUGGUAGGUGUUUAGGUUACCUGUUUUAGUACAUGUGAUUUUUUUUAUCAAUACAUUCCCUCUUUCUCUUGUUUGCAAUCUCUCUUUGUUUUGUUUGUGUGUCUUAUUUUUAUCUCGAAAUUGUUUUCCCCUUGUUCGUAUUUUCUCUUAUAUUCUUUCUAUCGAUAUUAUCGUCUCUUAUUGUCUUGUAUUUUUUCUCUGUCUUUCUCUAAUUAUUCACCUGUGUCGUUUCUCGUGUUAUCAACUCUUAUUAUUUUCUUCUUUUCGUUCUCUUUAUAUCAUUCUAUUCUAGUCUUCUUGCUCCUCUAUCAUUUUUCAUCGUUUGUCAUUGUUACUAGAAUUCUGCAAUGCAGUACAGUGUAAGAUUGACUGGAAUGAAAGACAAUGUUAUAUAUGUCAAACAUACGUACAUGCACAUAUAUACAUCUAAUGUAUGAAUAUACAUACAUACAUAUUUAUGAUGCAUGUUUGUAGAUAAAGGUAUUCUAGUAUGUAUACUCGUAUGUAAAGUUCAUAUUUGUAUACUUGUCUCAGCUAGGCUAUAACCGUAUGCAUGCAAACAUAUUAUGACGCGAACAGUUCAUAUAUAGUUAUCGUAAAGGCUAUAUAUAUUUGAUUUUAUAUUGUUGAAUUCCUUUUGUGCCUCACAAUGAAUAAAUGUAAGCAAUUU